AUGCCAUAUUGGAAAAACUACCUGUGCUCUAAACCUGAGGUCGAUGAUGACGACCUUCCUCUACCGGAACAUCGCAUCUUCGACGAUUACGGUAACAUCAAAGCACAAGUCGCACGUCAGGUGAGGUCCCUCUUUGGGCGCAAGGAACACACCACUGCAGCGGCAAAGCGCGACACAUAUAUACUACCAAGGCUCUUGCGUGUAAUAUUUGCCAAAAAAAAACUGUGA